AUGAGCGCACGCGCGCCCCCUGGCACCGCCCAAUCCGGCACUCGGCGCCUGCACUCGGCCACACCCGGCCUACGCUCUCCAUUCCAGCCAUCGCCUCCGCCCGCCACUCCCAAUCCGAUGUCUCCGUACGACCGCGAGAUCGUCUUUGACGACGACGACGGCAUGCCGCCCCUCGUCGACGGCCCUCCCCCACUCCUCGACUUCGGCCCUCCCCCGCUCCUCGACGGGCCCCCGCCCGGCCUGCUCGACGGCCCCCCGCCGCUCCUCGACCUCCCCCCGCUCGCGCCGAUCCGGUUCAUGUUCGCGCCCGAGUCGGACAUGCCGCCGCUCGUAGACGGCCCCCCGCCGCUCCUCGACGCCCCUCCGUACGACGCCGAGGAGGAGGAGGAGGACGCGGCCCCGCGCGCGCCGUCGUCGCACGCCAAGAAGCGCGACGCGUCGUACAUCCCCCGCCCGCCGAACGCCUUCAUCCUCUUCCGCUCCUCCUUCAUCCGCGCCCAGCACAUCCCCGGCCGGAUCGAGGGCAGCCACAGCGCGCUCUCGAAGAUCAUCGGCAAGUGCUGGCGCGCGCUCCCGCGCGAGGAGCGCAAGGUGUGGGAGGCCAAGGCCGUCGCCGCGCUCGAGGCGCACCGGCGCAAGUACCCGGACUGGCGGUUCAAGCCCGCCGCGAACGCGCUCGCGCUCGCGAAGCGGGCGCGGGCAGGCGGGCAAGGACCCCGGGGCGCGUCGAGGAAGGCGGCGAAGGGGGGCGCGGACGCGGAGGAGGCGGCGGAGAGGAAGAGCGGGACGGAGGAGCGGUGCGCGCGCAUCGCGGACCUGAUCGUGCAGGGCAAGACCGGGGAGGCGCUCACGCGCGCGGUGGAGGAGUACGACUUUGAGGUGAGGGGGACGCGCGGGCGGAAGGGCAAGGAGGGCGUAAGGACGCAAGGUGCGCCGCCGGAAGACAGGAUGGACGUCGAGCGAGAGGACGUGAAGGCGCCCCCGGCUCCCCAGACCCCCGCCGCGGUCCCGAACUUCACGUUCCAGCACGAGCGCGAGGAGGUCAAGCCCCGAGGCGACGGCCCCAGCUCGGGCCUCGUCGCGCGCAACGAACGGGACACAGGCGCAGACGUCCGCUUCACCGUCCCGCUCACGGCGAUGUUCAAGCGGUCCUCGUCCGCGCCCGCGCGAGGCCGCGGCCCGCCCCUCCUCUUCGCCGCCUUCCCCCGCCGCGAGUCGUUCAGCGCCGCGUCGUCUCCCGCCCUCCUGUACGCGCGCGCGGCCGUCGUCGACGUCCUCGCGAGUUCCGUCCCAACCCACGGUCAAGAGGCGUUUUCGCCCGCGCAGCCGUUCGCCCUGCGCCCCACCGACGUUCUCCAGGACCCCGGCGCAGACGGAGGCCGACACAUCGCACCGUUCGCCCCCGCCGCGCACGCGCACACGCACGCGACGCCGCCGCUGCCCGCGUUCGAGCUCGACGGCGAGCUCUCGACCCCGGCGCCGUCGCCCGUCGCGACCCCGCACGCACACGCGCACGUCUGGCCCGCGCCCCUCGCCGACUUCGACUUUGACUUCGACGGCUUCGACGGCUUCGCCGACCUCGAGCACGAGAGCCCGACGCCCGCCCGCGCCGCCGCGUCGUCGUCCUCGUCGUCGUCCUCGACGUACUCCUCGCUCGAGAACUGGGCCGGGCGCCGCCCGCAGCCGCCGCUCCCCUUCCCCCUCCAACUCCAGCUCGGCGGCGGCGGGAGCGUGAUGGAGAAGGCGUUCGACGCCGCCGCGUGGGGCGCGCGCGAGCCCUUCUUCCUCCACGGCGCCGGGCACGCGGGCGCGGACUGGGGCCACGGCGGCGGCGGCGGCGCGCGCGAGCCGCUGCUGUACUCGCCCGCCGCGGCGGCCGACUCGCCUGGGGGGUGGGGCGCGUGCCCGUUCUCCGCCGCGGACGGGUUCGAGCUGCAGCUGGCGGGCGUGGUCGAGCACGCGCCGAGGUCUUGCGUGGGGUGA